UGGCGGUGUUUACAUGUGUGGGGACUGCUGACGGAAUACAUAUUUACGUUAUAGUAUGAUAGUAGGUAGAGGUGAAAAAUCGCGGCCUGGUUAACUGCAAUAGCGCUGUGAGUGCGAAUGGUGUAGCAAUGGUUUAUCUCCAUUUCCCUACGAACUUGACGGAGGAAGAAAUGGUUCUUCAAAACAAGUAUGCCAAACUUAGGAAAAAGAAGAAGGCACUGCUCGCUCUCAAAACCCCAAGGCAGGAGCCAGAACCCAUCCACCCAGUGAAGCGACCCUCUGAGGCCAAGGAUGCCAAGGAGUAUGCCAAGAAACUGAUCCGUUCUGGUGCCAUUCGCUCAAUAGAGAAGAAAGAAGAUCACAAGGAAAAGACCACUUUCAAGCGGUCCAAGGGCCUGGAGCGGAAGCUGUCCGGCUCGGACCGGGCGCUGAGCGGCUACCAGCCUUUCUCGGCCACCCACCCGGAGGAGGAGACGCCACCGUUGCCGCCCGCCGAGCGCGACAAGGAGUUCCGGCCCGGUAACAAGAUCAAGACGUUGUACGACAGCUUUAUAUCAGCUCGUGACAAGGAGGAGCGCUCGGCCUCCAGAGAUGCCGUUUCUGACAAGCCUCGUCAGGGCAACACCGUCUACGUCCGCGGCUUCGGCGUCAACGAGCAGCUGCUCAAGCGGGCAUUCCAGAAGUUCGGCACUGUCGUCAACAUCUCGAUGGAGAUCGAGAAAAACUGCGGUUUCCUGACUUUUGACAAGGUGGAGUGCGCAGAGCGCUCGAUCGCGCAGAUGAACGGCGCCGCCGUUGAGGGCGUCCAGCUGCAGGUGUCUUAUGCACGCCGCCAGCCCAAGAUCGAGCCCAUCAAUGACGCGUCCACCUCCAGCGCGUGGAGCACCAUCGCGGCCAGCCACUCGCAGAAGGGGCUCCACAACCGAGACAAGCGGGAAGUGGUGACGUACGACGACGAUUUCUUGGGCUGAACAUGCUGGAGCGACAGAUGCCAAGACGCCGGACGACGGUGCGUCCGCCCUGACCGCCGUCACUGCGCCGGCGGCGGCCCUACGACUGGCGUGGCAUGCGGUGUGGCCGGCGUCUGCGUCAGCGGGGGCGCGGCGCGGCCGUCCUAUCGACGCCGGGUGCCGUGCCGGCGCCGGUCGGCCGCCGCUGCGAUAGAGCGGUGUGUUUGCGCUGACGUGUCACGGGGCCACGUGCUGGCCGCCGCACCCCGCCGAUGUGGAAAACUACUGGCCGCCUACGUCGAGGCCUGCCGGCGCCGCGCGCCCCCUGCCCCGUAUCCAGUGCGUCGGCCAGCCGUGAUCGGUGGGCCCUACAGCGGCGCAGUGUGAACUGUGCAGUCUGGCGGCAGGGCGGUCAUGGGCCCGGAAUGCGGCGGGAGUCGGGUCUGGAGUCGGUGCCACGCCGUUCGAUCGCUCUAGCCUGGAAUUCGGGUUUAUCGCCGAAUUCGGGAGCAGACGGCAGCGGUGGCGCCGUAUGGUCGCCCAAUUUGCGACGAUGUGCUUGUCCCGGCUGUCCGUCAGAAGCGGUGUUCGUGUAAAUAUACGGGGGUGUUGUAACCGAGUGUUGGCCUUUCCAGUGCAGAGAGCGAUUCGAUUCGGCUCGCCGUCAUUCUCAGCAAGCGUCAGGGUCAACCGCACUAGGCGCGUUUACUACGCUGUAACGCAAAGUGAUCGUGUGGCGCGAAUGUCGGCGCGUAUCUUGCACGCCCCAUAUGUUCCGUAUACCUUUGGCUAUGAAAAUAUACACAGACCCGGGA